AUGGCACGAAAUGCAGCCCCUGCCAAGCAGCACACGCACAAGCCCAAAUCAGCCUCGGCUAUCGCCUCGGGCUCGAGCUCAAGCCAACCUACGCUCCGUACCUUGCGCCAUCAUGCCUCCACCGGCUCGAACGCCGCCAGCUCAACUGGACCUGUGCCAGCCCCGAAUGCCAUGUCAACGCUGACUCCAGCCGAACGCAUCGCCUUGCACGCUCAGAAACCCGUCAUCAAAGGUCCUCUGUUCCGAUGGAAGUCCCCCGCGCAACUCAUCGCCGCGACCCAAGUCGAUCUCCAACGCAUCCAAGCGAGAAGGGAGAUGCUCCAUCAAGCCGAUACCUCUUCCACCUCCACCGCUCCAGAACUAUCCGAGCCGACGACGGAAGGAGAUCAUUUCCAAACGACCUUGUUCGGUCAAUCUCUCCAAGCCUCCCAAUUGAUCAACCUCAGCUCACCCUUUAUCGCCUUCACGCGCGACGUCGGUAAGAAGGCGUCGAGUUUGCCAUUGGUUGUGCAUUAUCGCAAACAAAUCGUCGGGAGUUUAUGCGAUGCGUUGAGCUUGGGCAAACAUUCGAGAUCCGAGAUUGAGUUAUGUGCAGAAACGAUAUUGGAGUGAGUUCACGCGCAAGGGAGGGCGAGCUAACGCGCGAACAUCGCUGAUCCAACCCCUAUCUCUCCAGCCUGAUCCCACCCCUCGUAACCGAUCUCUCGACCCUCUUGACCCCCCUCGCAUCACCACUCAUCACCACCCUCAUAGCCCUCACCCAACCUUCCCCACUCGAAGCCUCCAAUCCAAGACUCUUACAAAAAGUCUACGACGUCCUCGGGGAGACGUUCAAAGAACUCGCGAGGGAUUUGUUGGCGUCGGGAGUGGAGAUGGAGGAUGUCUGGGCGGUGGUAAGGAGAGGUUUGGGAGCGCCGAUGGUUGAGGAGGUCAAGGACGCGGAGGAUAUGGAGGUUGGUGAGGUCAUCAAGGAGGUUGAGCAACCUGUUGAAGAGGAGGACGAUGAAGAGGAAGAGGAAGAAGAAGAGUUGGUCGCACCCGUUGCUUCCACUUCGGCUUCGACAUCCACGACACCACCUCAACCCCCAACCCCCCAAGCUCCCGUAUGGGGUCUCCCGACGAACUUCCGAACGACGCCUCAAACUCGACGACUGUUGGCCAGUGCCUUCUCCUACCUCAUCCGCAAAGUCCGCACCACGACGACCGAACAAGACUCGGACUCUGGAAGCGAGAUGGAUCGCCUCAUGCUUCUCUUGAUCGAAGACGUCGUCGAAACGGAGACGACGUUCGAUGAGAGUGCGCAGAAGGGGAAGAAGAGGAAAGGAAAGGUUGGGAGGGCACAAGAGUUGGGUUCACCCAAGGCUUUCGCGGAAGGUUUGUUGUGGAGCUUGAUUGAGAGCUGCACGGUGAGUCAAUUCAAGCAUGAGUGUCUGAAUAGGAUUUCGUAUGAGAUAUCUGAUUGUGGUGAAUUCCUUUCAUUUCCAGGCUGCCAACGGACACUUACACUCUCGCACGGCCUCGAUCGUUCGGUCCUCACUUCAAGUGGUUGUCAGUCGCGCCGAAGCAUCCAGCGAACUUGUCCCACAAGCAUUCCAAACCUUCCUCUCCACCUUGGCGAAUCAUUCCAAGUCGACCGAGAUCUACUCUGUCGUCGUUGAUGAGGUCAUAGAAGCGAGUAGGGCGUUGGUUGAAGGGGAGAAGGAUUGGACCAAGCUGGAGUAUGGGCUCAAGUUUGUCGAUUGUGUGGCGGCGAGUAAGAAGGGGGGCAGAAUAUCUGGUGAGUUUCGGGUAUGUACGUAUGGGAACGGAUGAGAAUGCUCGACUGAUUGCGAGCCUUGUUGUAACAGCAACGGCCAAACCCCAAUUGUUUGCGAUUCUGGCGUCGUACGCCAAGCUCGUGGCCUCGGCGUCAGCGCCCGCUUCCUUCGUGCAGGCGUACACGUCCGCGACCAUCUCACUCCUUCUCCAGGCUUCCUUCAAGGACGUUCUUUCUGGCGCGGUCCGAGACUCGAUCGACGUCCUCUGGACGACAUCUUCGACCUUCGCCAAUGCGUGCACCUUGGCUUUGGCUCUGGACGAUGUCGCUUGGCCGCAUUACUCGACCUCCAUCGCGAAUCAUGUCUUGACAACUACAGCCAAGUAUCUUGAGGGGGAGGAAGAAGGAGACGUUGAACUUGGCCAGUUGUCGAACCAAACGAACGCGAUGACCUUGUUGGCUCGAUUGGCCUGGAGUGGUCGACUGGCCAGUCUUCGGGAAAGCUCCGGUGGACUCUCGAAAUCAUGGGAAAGGGUUGUUACCGAUCGAUGCGAGGUUUUGAUUCGAGCAUGGAUCCAAACUUAUUCCGAGUCGACCAAGAUCGUCGAUGACGACGCGACACACGAAGUCUUGAACGCCCUGCUCGUCCUCCCUCAACUCCCCUCGCAUCGCACGGCCCUCCUCAGCCUCCUCUGCGACCUCAUCAUCGCCAUCUCCCCGACUCCAGCAAUGCAAGCUCGAACGAAGUUUCUCGAAACGGCCGCGAACCCGGCCCAAGUCCUCGGUGCGGCUCUCCUAUCGAUCGCUCGAGCACAGGAGACUUCAGGCCAUGUCGUCGAUCGUUUGAGACCGAGUCUGCUGAAGAUCUUGCAAGGGUUCUCAUGGCAUCGCGGAGUAAUGCAAGGGAUAGCUGGAUUGGAACUGGCCAGUUCGUCCUCGACCUCAGAUUCCAUCACCGACCAAGCCUCCCAAGUGUACGAAGCCGUCGUACCCAACCUUCUUUCAGAGGAUUCCAGUCUCCGUUUAACUUCUCUCGAGAUCUUGACAACCCUGUUCGAGGAGAAGGACAAAGUUGCUUUGGAUCUGAUGGAGAAGAUGAUGGAGGUGGAGAGGAUGGUUUUGUCGGUUCAAGGGGCUAGGGAGAAGAGUAUGAAGGUGCGCAAGAUUGGGAUCGUCGCGCAUGCGCAGUUGGGAAAGGAGGGACAAGGGACGGAAAUGAUUGUUGGGGUUUUGUUGAGGUAUUUGACGGGUGAGUGAACAAUUCCCGAGCCUACCCAAACCGCUGGGUCAGUACACGAGCUGAUGCGGAUUUGUCUCAAUCCCCACAGCCAUGCUCAAAGUCAACUUCAAGCCGCUCUGGCCCGAAGCCAUCCAAGCCCUUUCUCUACUUUCACAACGUUUCCCCAACGAAGUCUGGGCCAUCGCUUCGAAACAACUCGUCGUCGUCGCAACGCGCGACUCGAGUCUAUACGUAUCCCGCAAACCCGAAUGGGCUUUGGCGGCGAAAGAAGGCGUCGAGAGCUAUCUGGUCGUCUUUGAGGAACCUCAGGUUAGGGAUCAUGCGGUUGAGGAAUUGAGGAAUGUGGUUGUGCAGAGACUGGGGUUGUUUGAAGGUGGAGUCGAGCAUGAGAAGACCAAGGUUGCGGUUUUGGUUGAGGUUAGUGAGAUCCGUAACUGGACGUGUGCGCAUUCUUGGCUGACUCCUUGCGCACACUCAGGCUCAAAUCGCCCCCGAGCGACUUGUGUUGCAAAGUUACGAAGCCCAAUUGCUCGAAUUGUUCUGUGUCAUCCCCGACCUGGCCGAACGCCAUAGCCGUGACUUUGUGACCGUCUUCCUCGGCUGCUUUCAGCGCGAAGACCGACCCGGAUCCAAGGCCGACGACUCGAUUGUGACCUACGUCGACCCAAACGAAUCGACCAAGGAACGACAACUUCGCUUGCGCGCUUGGUUGGCGAUGUUCGCCAAGUUCUCCAAUCCCAAAGCGCUGUACCGAUCCGACGACCUUGCGGCCCACUUCCGCUACUUGCUCGCUUUCCCCGAUACCGAGGUGCAGAAGCUGGCAUUGGAUUGUCUGCUGAGGUGGAAGACUCCGGCCGUGGUCGCGAAUGCGGAUCGACUGCGCAACAUGCUUGAACCGACUCGGCUGCGUGACGAACUGCUCCAAUUCGUAUCUGGGACCGAUGCGGGUGGUCUAGAGCCCAACCAUCGAGCCGACGUAGUCCCUUUGUUCAUCCGCAUUUCUUACGGCAUCAUGACCUCUCGGUUGGGCCGUGCGAGCGCCAGUUCAGGCCAAGGUCGAGCAGGUCGACGAGCCGCAAUCCUCGGGGCACUUAAAACGUGUUCGUCCGAAGAGCUGGGGACCUUGGUCGAUCUCGUCAUCGGUCCCAUGCAGGGCUACAUCGUCUCUGCGCCGGGUGAGGAGUUCCACUUCGCUUCUCAGUCGCUCAACAUCGCGGGCAAGCGUCAGUUGGGUUUCUUGGGCUUCCUCGCAGACGUGCUCAAGCAUCUGGGCAAACACCUCGUCUCGAGAUGGCACGAGCUUAUUGCGGCCACCUUGAACCUCUUGUACUUUGCUCAAAACGGGAUCGAAGCCGAGAAUGCGACCCCGGGCGAAGUCGACGAAGUCGAAGAAGAUCGUGAAGAGGACGAGAACGAUUCGGACGAACCCGAGACGGCGAUGGCGCCGUUGCGUCAUAUUCGUCAAGUUGCACUGAAGCGAUGGGCCGAGUUUUUCUGGCUCGAAGUCGAUUUCGACCACACGCCUUACAUCAAGGCCGCUUUUCCCGUCAUCAUCGCACCUCGAUUACCCUCGCUCGCGGCCGAGAACGCGCAGGCGCCUUCGGCUUUGCUCGAAUUGUUCUGCACGUGGUCGAUCCGUAGGGAUCUGUUGAAUCAUCUUGUCGUCCAUGAUCGAUCGCUCUUGCCCAAGCUGUACGGGUGUCUCACGACGCGCAACGUGAAGCCCGCAGUCAUCCUUCGCAUCUUUGACAUCGUCGACAGCUUGCUCGAGUUUGCCUCCGAGGAGGGCGGCAAGGAAAGUGAGGUCGGUCGCACGAUCGUACAACCCAGCGUUGAGGAACUUCUCGUACAACUCGGGGGUUUGAUCGCCGUCACGACGGCGACGAUGGACCCCAAAGCCGAAGUCGGUCAACGGCAAAUCACGCUCUUGUCUUCCCUCGCGCCUUACGUCGAAUCGAGCGAACAAGCGACCCACUUACUCACGCUCAUCACACCGCUCUUGCGCAAACCCAACAAGACCGUUCCCGAACGGACCAAGACGGAGUUGCUCAAGAUCUUGACGUCCUUGUACCCGCUCGCGCGACCGGAACGUUCGAACCCUCUGUUCGAUCGAUGCUGCGAGGUUAUCUCAGCGCUCUUCUCGAGCAACCGCACGCGGAACGCUCGACUUCAGACUGUCGCUGCUUUCAACGCCAUCGCAUCGACCGAGGACUCCCUCGCACAGGUCGCGCAUAUCGUCGAGGAGCUCAACUCGUACUCGGUCAAACGCUCCGAAGAACCCGACUUUGAUCGACGACUCGCCGCGUUCUCAUCCUUGAACGAGGAUACGUACCGCACGAUCCGACCUGCGGAUUGGAUCAUCGUUAUCCACAACAUGCUCUUCUUCGUUCAAGAUCAGGACGAGCUUGCCAUUAGAAGCAACGCCAGCUUCACCUUGCGUCGCUUCGUCGAAAUCGCGGGUUCGAUGUCCGAGACGAACGAAGAGAUCAAGUCCGUCUUGGUGCGGACCUUCCUCCCUGGUCUCCGCAACGCCUUGCGCUCCAAGCUCGAGAUCGUUCGCAGCGAGGUCUUGGGCGUGUACGCAAGUGCGGUCGAGCAUUGCAAAGGUGUCGCCGAACUGGAUCAGCUCAAAUGCCUCCUCGUCGAUGGCGACCAAGAGGCCAACUUCUUCUACAACAUCAUGCACAUCCAAGUCCAUCGUCGUACGCGUGCGCUGCGUCGUCUCGCCGAUGAAGUUGAAGCGGCCAAGAUUUCGAGCAAGGUCGUAUCCGACAUAUUUUUGCCGCUCGUCGAUCAUUUCAUUCUCGGCGCCGAGGAGAGCAAAGAUUCCGAUCUGGUCAACGAGACCGUUCAGUGCAUUGCUCGUCUGGCUAAGCAUCUCGCCUGGUCCGCGUACAACAAGGUCGCUCGCCAUUACCUCAAAUUCUCCAAGGUCCCCGGAUCGUCACAAAAGGCUUGCGUGCGCGUCGUCGUGGGUGUGCUCAAGGGCUUCCACUUUGAUCUGCUCAACGAUCCGAGGUUGCUCGAGAUCACGACGACCAAGCUCUUGGCUGAGCUGCAGCGCUUCCUCGAGAAGAGGGACGAGACAUCGGACGAGGAGAUGCGCAUCCCCGUCGCUGAGGGAAUCAGUGCCAUCCUGCAACAUGUCCCCGUCGAGUCUAAGUCGGUCCACGAAUCCGCAUUGCUCAUGACGCUGUCGCAGAUCCUGCGAAGUAAGGACCAGCAUGUUCGUGAUCUGACGCGCUCGACGAUCUGCAACAUCGUCGCAAGCUCAGAUACUGCGACGAUCGGGAUUGCAGUAAAGGAGCUUCGUCGUGCUCUACAACGGGGCCCUCAGCUCCAUGUGCUCGCUUUCUCCGUUCACGCCAUCCUCGUCCGACUUUCGGAGCCCGCCGGUUCCACCCCCGACUUUGAUGACGCGCUGGACGAAAUCGUGCCUGUCCUCGGCGACGAUGCCUUCGGCAACCCUGCCAAAGAUCGCCAGUCCCAGGAGUUCCGCGCCAAGACCAAGUUCCGUGAAGUGCGAUCGUUCAAGUCGGUCGACUCGUUCGAGAUCCUCGCUAGGCAUGUCUCACCGAGCAAGAUCGCUGCGUUACUCGUCCCCUUGCGCACGACUUUGCAGCGUACCGAGUCGGCUAAGGUCAUGAAGGAGGUCGAGGACGUGUUCAAGGCGUUGAUCCAGGGGUUGACGACCAGCGCCAAGCUCGACACGCCUGGAUUGCUCGACCUGUGCCAUUCGCUCAUCAGUGCCAACUCGGACUUUCUGCGACCCGCUCGAGUCGUACCGAGGAAGGCAGGCAAGAACGGCAAAGCCGCUCCGGACUUCCACGUCCAAUUGGCACGCGAUAACGGCGACGAGCGCGAUCACUUCGUCAAGAAUGCGCAUCGCUUCGUCUCGUUCGGUCUUGAGCUCUUCAACACCGCUUUUCGCAAAUCGCGAUAUGAUCUCGACUCGCCCAUUAUUAUCGCUCGCUUGGAACCGCUCGUCUCCCUUGUCGGCAACACGCUCUACUCGGACGAGCCUGUCGUACUCGCGCGAAGCAUGCGCGCGACGGCGUCCUUGAUUCGUUGCCCACUCAAGAGUAUCGGAGACGCGGCACCAAUCUUACUCAAGCAGAUGAUCAACAUUGUUCAACGUUCCGGUAGCACCGAGUCCGAUCUGGCGCAAUCGACGUUGCGAACGCUCGCUGGCCUUAUUCGGGAUUGCAAGACGGUGUCGCUUCGCGAAGACCAGCUGACGGUCCUCCUUCAGGUAUGUCGAUGGUUCGCUUGCACUGGCCGUUCAUUACGUAGUAACUGACCCUGCUGACUCUUACCUAUACAGCUCAUUGGCCCCGAUCUCGAAGAAGCGGAUCGACAGGGCACGCUCUUCCAGUUGUUGCGCUCGAUCAUGGCGCGCAAGUUCGUCGCGCCCGAGAUCUACGACCUCAUGGACAAGGUCGCCGAAAUGCUCGUGACGAACCAGUCCAGCGGCGUACGCGAAGUCUGUCGCUCGAUCUACCUGCAGUUCCUGCUCGAUUACCCACAAGGUCGAGGACGCCUGAAGACGUCUCUCACUUUCCUCACGAAGAAUCUGUCCUUCGUGCACGAGUUCGGUCGCCUCUCGGUGCUCGAGUUGCUAAACGCCAUCCUCAGCAAAUUCGCCACUCAGCUCGUCGACGAUGCAGCCGAGCUCUUCUUCAUUGGUCUCGUCAUGGUCGUCGCAAACGACGAAUCGACCAAGUGUCGCGAGAUGGCCGCCGAGCUCGUCAAGAUUCUCUUUAAGCGGCUUCCGAAGGAGUCUCGUAACGGUCUGUUGAACCUCUUGCAUGCAUGGGCAGGCAAGAAGCAACCGGCCCAACUCGCUCGUACAGCGAUCCAGCUGUUUGGUGUUGCAAUCGACGCACUCGGUGACGAAGGCAAGAGUGCGACCCCGCCGAUCCUUGAUGUGUUGGGUGACAUUCUCGAUGAUAGUCAGGAGCGUCUGCAGCAAGCCGAGGAGAGUGGUGACGCAUUGAGCAUCGAGCUCGACAAUACCUGGCAGCUCCCUUACCAAGCUUUACAAGCGCUCGCGCAUGUGUUCAAGGCCUUCCCCGCGCUCGUCUCGCCCGAUCAAAGCUCAUCGCGUCGACUAUGGCAGACGGUGCAAGGGCACUUGCUCUUCCCGCACAUAUGGAUCCACACGUCCUCGGCUCGCCUGCUUGGAAGUCUGUACGCGGCCAACCCGACCGCGCUCGCUCGCACGGACUUCCCCGAGGAGCAUCCCUUAUCGACUCCCAGUCUUCUCGACGCGGCCCAAAAGGGGUGCUUGCAACUCAAGAGCUCAGCGUUGGACGAACCUCUGGCGAUGCAAAUCGUCAAGAAUCUCUUCUUUGCCGCCAAGUGCUUCGAUGCGCGUCGAUCGGCUGCAGAGGCCACGGCUGCCGAGGAUGAGAACGAGGAAGAGGAUGCCGUAGAUGAUGGGGCCCAACGUCAAGCCGAUCCUUUGCGCUGGCUGUUCACGAGGUUGUCCUACCAGGCUCGUCAGGCCCACAUUGCUCGACCGUCGGUGCAUGCUCUCAAUGCUGUAAGUUUCCUUGGCGGCGUGUUGUGACAUGUCUUCUCCAUUGCUCACGCUGUCGUUUCACAUCCAACAGGGCCAAUGGUCAUUGCAACCCUCGUCGAUUUUGCGCUGGUUCGCAGCGGUCAUCUCGCACCUCGACAAGACACAUCUCGAGCGCUUCCUUGUUCAGAUGGCGACGCCCAUUUUCCGCAUCUCGGAAGAUCCGAAUGCUCAAGAUCCCCAGAUGGGUAAGCUGAACCCAUCCUGUGCUCUGCCGACCUUCCUGGACGAACCGAUAGCUGAUCCAAUGCUUUGAUUUCCCACAGUCGAACUUCAAAACCUCGCUCGCGAAGUGCAAGAGUUGCUGCAGAGCAAGGUCGGCACGACAAUGUACUCGAACGUGCACACCACGAUUCGUCAACGAGCUGCCGAGCGCAGGAACGAGCGCAAGACGGCCAUGGCACUCCAGGUCAGUUCUUCGAAGCGCUGGCUUGCUUCCGGUGUAAGCCAGCUUCUGACCUUGUUACAACUAUGACUCCCACAGGCCAUCAACAACCCCGAACUGGACGCGCAACGCAAAGCCAAACGCAGCGAACAAAAGACGCGUCAGAAGAAGCGCAAGAACGCCGCGUUCGCGGACCAAAAGGGGCGCUUCGGCAAGAGGUCCAGGAGGGACGAUUAA